AGUGUUAGCUCCGGGCUAGAGUGCGCAACAUACGAACGCAGUCGCGGCCGAGGCGGUCUAGUUCUGGUUCAGCGGUUUGCAGUGUGCUUAAUACAUUGAGGCGUUGAAGCAGGUUAUUGCGGGAAUUGACGAGGAAGAGGAGGGCAGGAUGGCGGGCGGAGUUUCCGGGCGAAAGCCGCUAGACGGCGUCGAGCAGAUCAAGUCUUUGUUUCCGGAGGACGAGGGGGUGACCAGGAGCGUCAUCGGCUUGGUUCUGGGCCAGAACGAGGGAUGCAUGGAGGACGCCUACGAUACGCUGUUCGCCCUGAGACACGAUCCGGAGGCCAUUCGACAGCUUCGGGAAAUGUCUAGAGAGCAGAGGGAGCAGCAUGCUAGGGAGUGCGUUGAAGAGUUCCACGAGUCGGUGUCGGCGCGUCAGGAGAGAGUGAGGGAGGAGGCCGCGAGGCUGGGGAGGGACGUGGAGAGUCUGGAGCGCGUGAAUGAGAGUCUGCGCGACCAUUGCAGAGAGAAGAGAGAGCUUUUGGAGGGGAUGAUGAAGGGGUUGAGGGAGGUGGAGGAGCGUCGAGUGGGCGGCCCCGAGGCGUCUUUGCUUUUGAGUGAGAUGAGGAGGCGGUUGUUGUUGUCGAACAUGAGGCGAGCGGCGCCUUUGGGCGAGAGCGAGGAGGGGUCGUCCGCGGACGAGUCGGGCGAGAAGGAGGAGGAGAGUCGAUUGGACCGGGGAGGGGGGGACGUUUGGUUGGAAGAGAGAGAUGAGGGCGUGGACGGGGUUAGAUGUCGGAUUGGCGAGGUGCUGCCGCUGAAGGUCGACUACGAGUACUUGCCUUUGUUGAACGGCAGGGGUGAGGACAAUUUGGAGUCCGAGAUAGAAGAGAUGAGAGCCGAGUUGGAGAGGGCCUCGGACCUGCUCCGCCGAUGCGAGACGAAGGCGAAGUACCAGAGGUGCGAGAUAGAGCACCAGAAGUCGUUGUUGACCACGGCGACAGAGAGGCUGGCGAGGAUGAACGCGAGGAUGGAAAGUUUAUUUUCUUUGGUUGUGGAGUAUUUGGGGGAUUGGGUCGCGAUUAGUUGGGAGUUUCCUGAUGCGGUGCAGCCUACCGCGAAGGAUUGGAUCGGGCUGUACAACUUUCGCGAUUCGAGCGGGCGAUAUUUGACGUGUGCGUUGACAGAUGGCAGGCGCCGUUCGUCUCACUUUUUCAAGCUCCCGUCGAGGCCGGGGCUGUACGAGGCGCGCUUGUUUCUGAAUGGAUCGUACGAGCCUGUGAUGACGUCGUGUCCGUUUCGAGUUGGCCCGGAGGUGGAGCUCAAGGCGAGUUUGGAGAGAACAGAAAAGGGUGACAUGUUAAUUCGUUGUAAUUUUUCUGUGUUGAGGGGCGACCUGUCAGACCGCGACUGGAUUGGGCUGUACCGCGCGGACAAGCCGUCUCACCGGUGUUUGAGGUCUUACCCUCUGAACAGUCUCGGGCGCGUUGAGGACGAGGCGUCGAGUCUUGGCGGCUACGAGUACGAAUUUCGGUUCUUCUCCGCCGUCUAUGGCGACUUGGCCAUAGCGACGAGCUCUCGCAUCGCGAUUCCCAGAACGGACUCCGUUCGCUUCGAAGUCCUCGAGCAGGACGCGAGUACGAACCAAGCGCGAACGGUUCGUUGCUUUUGGCGCCUCGUCACCGUCCGCCCCAGCGGAAAAGAUUUGGUCCGCCUGGUCAAAGCGGCCGGCAAUAAUCGCCCCUCUGUCGAGGCCUCCAAACGACUGAACUCCUCCGAGUUCCUUGACUUCCUUCUGCCUCGCCUCCCCGGCCGGUACGUGCUGGAGUACUGGUCCCACCGCGUCCGCCGCGUCCCCGUCGCCGUCAGCGACCCCAUCUUGAUCGAGAACCUCGACCGCAUCAGCCUGACCAUGUCGGACGUCCGCGUGCUCACGGUCGACUUCUCUAUUCACUCUGUCGACCUCACGCCCUCUUGCUGGAUCGCCAUCUAUCCAGAAGACGCCGCGUCCUCCAGCAAAAAAUGCGUCUCGUACCAGUACCUCAAGUUGGACGCCGUGGACAGAGAGUCGCGGAGCGGGCGGGUCAUGUUCUCGCCUCCCCAACGCCCCGGCAAGUAUCAAGCCAGGUUCUUCUCCAACUCCGGCUACCAGCACCUUGUCUGCAGCGAACCUCUCGAGAUCACCUGACGGCCUACGCGUUCAUCUCCUCCUCCGUCUCGGCAACCAAAGAAUCUAUCUCGCUGAACUGCCACUUCCACUUGACGUUGUACAAGAACGGCCUGGGGUCGUACCGGCUGUCGUCCGAAGAAUGACUCUCCGCGUGGUAACUGGGCGUCAAAACAGUUGACUUGUGUCUGUUGGUGGCGUAUCUGUAGAAGAACCGCUUUACCUUCUCCGCCACCUCUCUGGCAGUUUUGUCCCCCCAAAUCCCCAAAAGUCGGCGGAACAUGGAAACCGGGCCGCACAAGUGCUGCUUCCUCAGCCUGCCCAUCACAGCCAACUCCUCGUAGCUUAUCCCCAUGUCCACCUCGUCCCUCUGCCUGCCCGUCUUCUCGUCGUACGGCUCCAACUCCGCCGUGGGCUCUGACUCGGCGACUUCCCGCAGCACCAGCCACUCGUACCUGUCGGACGCCCACACAAGAAACCCGCGUAUGUUCACCUUUGAAAUGCUACCUAUCGGGUUGAGGUCCGCCGAACUGCAAUCGUACUUGGUAAAGUACCCCUGUAACGUCUCGUCUAAGUUCCCGCUCCCCAGUACGAGCAAAGACGGAUA